UUCAUGUAUGUGCACCACUGACGGAUGCUGCUCCUUUUUUAAGGCAACAAUACCAAAAUUUCAAAGUUCCUCAUAGCAAAAAAAUAUUUUUGCGCCAAAUAAUCAAUUAUGUCUACUUUAAGGCCGUUCACCUGCGACGAUUUGUUUAGAUUUAAUAACGUAAACCUAGACCCUCUUACUGAAACUUAUGGGUUAUCAUUUUAUAUGCAGUAUUUGGCUCACUGGCCUGAAUAUUUUCAAGUUGCAGAAUCACCAAGUGGAGAGAUUAUGGGAUACAUAAUGGGAAAGGCAGAGGGAGUUGGUGAAGAUUGGCAUGGACAUGUUACAGCUCUCACUGUUUCUCCUGAUUAUAGAAGACUGGGCCUUGCUGCUGCUCUUAUGAAAUUUUUAGAAGACGUUUCUGAAAAGAAACAAGCUUAUUUUGUAGAUCUGUUUGUAAGAGUAAGUAACAAGGUGGCAAUAAAAAUGUACCAACAAUUAGGGUAUAUAGUUUAUCGGACUGUUUUAGAAUAUUACAGUGGUGAUCCCGAUGAAGAUGCCUAUGAUAUGAGAAAAGCGCUGUCGAAAGAUGUAAAAAGAAAAUCUGUGAUUCCAUUAGAACAUCCUGUUCGACCUGAAGACGUGGAUUAAUUUUUAUCCAAUUUAAACUGAAGAGGAAGAAAAAAAUAAUCUGAAAAACUUGGUGUCUGAAUAUUUUUUACCUGCAUUGUUAAUUUAAUUUAUUUUUACAACAAAGCGUCAUUUUUAUAGAUCGAUCAUUUUUAAAUUGAAAGUUUAUUAAGAAAAA